AUGUGUGAGUCGAACAACGAAGGCCAAGAUUUCCAGUCACGUGAUCUGAUCGCCGCCGCCCCACCACCGUUCAUUGGCCAGUCCAGCUUUCCCAAUCCCGUCUCAUUGAGUUACACUCUACCUCCCGAAUAUCUGCCACAUUUCCAAUUCAGAGACGCCGAUGAGAUCGAUUCGCUGCCCUCUUCCGCUACGAGCUCGACAGUGGACGACGAGGAAUACAUUUCAGAUGCUGAGCGGGAGUGGAGAGAAUCGCUGCAACAGUUGGAGCUACUGUUGACAAUGGUCGUGGUACCCUAUCUGGGCAAAUACUUUGGUAGAAAGUGUGCAUAUUGGGGUUGGGCAAAAUACAUGACAUGGAAAUAUCCAGUCGAAGUCGUCAUCUCGAGUCCGAAGACGUUCAAAUUGGCGGGCGCUAUCGAGGCUGCAGCGACAAUAUAG